CUUGGAUUAUAAUUAUUCUCUAUGUGACCUCCGAAUGACGUCACGGUUAUAUUCGGAACGGCGUGAAUAGCAAUGGCUGACACAAAACUUUACGAGGUUCUUGGUGUGUCUAAAAACGCAUCAGACAGCGAAAUUAAGAAGGCAUAUUACAAGCUUGCAAAAGAAUUUCAUCCAGAUAAAAAUGCUGAGGCAGGAGAUAAGUUUAAAGAAAUAAGCUUUGCCUAUGAAGUGCUGUCAAAUCCAGAGAAACGUGAGACCUAUGACCGGUUUGGUCUCCAGGGACUCAAGGAAGGUGGGGGCGGAGGGUUUGGUGGAGCAGACAUGUUUGGUGACCUAUUUGGAGGCCUGUUUGGGAUGGGUGGGAGCCCGUUUGGGUUUGGUGGGAUGGGUGGGGGUAUGGGGGCUAGAAGAGGUCGCAGACGGGGUGAGGACACCUUCCAUCCACUCAGGGUCUCGUUAGAAGAUCUGUACAAUGGUAAAACCUCCAAACUGCAGCUGAGCAAAACAAUUAUUUGCACAAAAUGUAAUGGUGCGGGUGGUAAGCAAGGGGCCACAGUGAGGUGCAAGGUGUGCAAUGGGCGCGGUGUCAAGGUCACUCUCAGACAGUUGGGGCCUGGAAUGGUACAGCAGAUGCAGUCUGUGUGUCCAGAGUGUCAUGGGGAGGGUGAGUCCAUUAGUGAGAAGGACAAGUGUAAAGUAUGCAAGGGUAAGAAGGUUACCAACGAGAACAAGAUACUAGAGGUGCAUGUGGACAAGGGAAUGAGGGAUGGACAGAAGAUACCAUUUCGAGGAGAGGGGGAUCAGUUGCCUGACAUGGAGCCGGGAGAUGUGAUCAUAGUCCUGCAACAGAAGGAACACGAGAAGUUUACUCGCGAGGGAGAUAACCUCGUCAUGACCCACAAAAUCUCCCUCACUGAGGCACUGUGUGGCUUUCACUUCACAAUUACGCAGCUUGACAACAGAGAACUGAUCAUCAAGAACUCUCCCGGUGAUAUCAUAGAACCUGGCAUGGUGAAAGUUGUGAAAGGGGAAGGCUUCCCCCAACAAAGAAACCCCUUUGAGAAGGGAGAUAUGCUGAUCAAAUUUGAAGUAGAAUUCCCACCAAACAACUUUGCAGACGAGUCUAAAUUGAAGAAACUUGAGAAGUUAUUGCCGGCUAGACCUGACUUUGAGAUGCCAGAGGGUGAACACGUAGAAGAGGUCAACCUGGUAGAAUAUGACUCUACCCGCUCCAGUGAUGGUCGCCGUGGCGGCGAGGCAUACCAUGAUGAGGAGGAUGAUGACGAUGAAAUGAGAGGAGGACAGAGGGUGCAGUGUGCACAUCAAUGAUCAAAACUUCUGUGAUUUUAGUGUGCUUUACAUGUAGAAAUUCAUUUUUAGCUGGGCUGUUUUCGGGGAAAACCCGAGGUAUUGUCAUAUCCAGUUGUCAUCGGCCGUCCAGCGUCCGCCGUGCCAAAACCUAAACAUUGGCUCUCAAAUCUAAAUACUUCCACCGACAACAUUGAAACUUCAUAUGUACCUGCACCUUGAUGAGUUCUACACGCUACACCCAUUUUUGGGUCACUAGGUCAAGGUCACUGUUACCUCUAGUAUUCUUCUGACAAGCUUUGAUUUAUUUAAAACUGCACCCACAGCCGAGCGUUGGCACCCGAUAUGCUGUGCUCUUGAUAUGAUUUGUAUCUCAUGGAAAUAUUUCUUAAGCAUGAGAAACAGUAGAGAAUGGGUCUUGAGCUUGUAUAUACCAAUCCAUUCUAAGACUUGGAAUUAAGACUACCAUAAUUACACAAAGUUUUUAGGCACUUUAGAAACACCAAAAUAUCUCCUGAAGACAGCGUCCAAAUAUUAAGACAUUCUUACAAACUACACCUUUUGCUGUGUGGUUUAUAUACUCCUAUAUAUAAAUAAGGUUGAAGAUUGGCAUUGAACAAAUUAUGAACAAUGGGUAGUGAUUUGAAAUUCCAAAACGUGAAAUAUUAUUAACCCUUUGCAUGCUGGGAAAUUUUUUGUCUGCUAAAAUGUCGUCUGCUGAAAUUCUAAAAUUAGCAUUUUCUUCGAUUUUUUUCCAAAGAAUACUAUAAGAACAGCAAACAGUUUGGAUCCAGAUGAGACGCCACGUUCUGUGGCGUCUCAUCUGGAUCCAAACUGUUUGCAAAGGCCUUCAAAAUUCGGUACCAGCACUGAAAGGGUUAAGUUCAAUUAAAAUUAAAUGUGCAUAUUAUGAUUUCGCAUUAGUUUUUUGUAUCAUUGUCUAUAAGACCUUCAAAUAUGGCACAGUGAAAUGUAGACAAUUUGUCCCAUUCAACUUUUUUAGUGGGGAAUGUUAUCCUUAAAUAUAUUAACUGUUUGAAGGCUCUAAUAAGCGAAAUGGUAACAGUUUAUUAUUCUUACAGUCAUCUGUUGGAUUUUUAUACCGUCUGCAGUAAAAUUGAAGACUUUUUGUCCUACUUAACAUUUUUAGCAAUGGAAUGUUAUCCUUAGAUAUCUAAACUAUCAAAAAGGUUUAAAUUAACAAAAUGAUAAAGGUCUAUUAACAGAUUUUAGCAAAUAAGUAGAAUGCUGAUAAAAUGCAACUACCCAAAAAUUUAGAGUUCUUAAGAAAAUCAGGGUGUCCAAAAAGUUUUAAGACUAGCUUGGAAAACGAUUCCAGAAACUAAAUGUCUUAACCGGUAUUGUCUUAUGUAUCAAUACAGAACUUACAAUAUACAAAAUGGCUUGAACAAUAUUUUAUUGUCCCCUAUCAGUGAAACCGGAGGGGACUUAUGGUUUGCACUCCGUCUGUCUGUCUGUCCGUCACACUUUUCUGGAUCCUGCAAUAACUUGAAAAGUUCUUCUUAUUUUUUUCAUGAAACUUGAAACAUGGAUAGAUGGCAAUAUGGAGAUAAUGCACAUCAUUUCAUUUUGUUCCUACGUCAAGAAUUCUGGUUGCAAUGGUAACAAAUAUAAAUUAAGAUUAUUUUUUUUACUGACAAUGGUGGAGUUUCACCGGUAGGGGACAAUAUUGCUUGGCAAUCUCUUGUUUAUUUAAUAAUGUGUGAUUGAGUACAAAAUGUUGCUGCUGCAGAAUACCUUAAUAUGUAUUAGAGAUUAUGUUGUAAUAAAACUAAGUUUUUUGACGUUUGUGAAGGUUUUUGCAAUUGGUUACAUGUCUUUCUGAAACAUAAAAAAUUCAGUUACCCUAUAGCUCUUCUGUACCAUCUAUUUGACUGUUAUUAAGUAUUCAGGGGUAGUCACAAGACCUUAUUACAUGUUUUCAUGUAAUGUAUGUAGAAAAGGAAACAUUUUGGCUGUGUAAAUAUGAUGUUUUGUUUGUUGUGUUCAUUAAGAAUUUAAUACCCAUGAAUGCUGCUUUGAUAACUUACACAAUACAUGUCCUUCUACACUCAUUUUGUUUUACUGUGUCCUACAACAUAGGAUGGUUGGUGUUAGAUGCAUGUGUACAUCCCAGGCAUGUUGAGUCUUUUUUUGAAACAGUUAUUGAUUUUCUAGCCAUUUUAAAUGUUAAAUUAAGAGGAAAAAGUAUGUUUGUUGAUCUGCAUUUAGGUAUAAAAUCAUUUGUUUUUUUCAUUAUAAUAAUUGUUUUUCCGUUGAAACUAGUUAAAUUUAUGUCGACUGGUUCUAGUUUUACAUACCUACUCGCGCAAAUGUAAGUAAUAUUGAAGUGUAAAAGAUGCAUAUGUAGCAUUGUAAAACUGGACCAUGGCAGAGGGGGGGGGGGGGGGGAAUAGAUAAACGAAAGCCACCUUUGUAUAUACAUCAUACAAUAUAUUUUAAUUACUGUGUAUUAUAAAAGUAUCUUUAUAAUUGUUCUAUUAAGAUAAAUAUGCACAUUUGUUGAAAAAGCAUGUUAUUGUAGUAAGAAAAGUUACAUUUCACCCCUCAAAUAUGUGCUUGAAGCAUCAGCCAAUACCUCUUGAUAUGCUAAUUAACUAAUUAAAGCAUCAGUGUUUUAUUCCAACUUGUACCCAGCAGCUUUAUUACCUUGAUUGCUGUUUUUAUUCAAACAUGCCUUUCUAAUAUAUUGAGUAUUUCCAUUGUCAUUUUAUUUAUUGUAUAACAUAACUUUUCACAAUAAAAUAAAUGUGAGAAAUCAA